GUGUACUUUUUCCACACUGCAAUUGGCCGUCCGGUUAUAUAAAGUAGCCCAAGCCCAUUGUCCGGCAGAUUCUUUGGAGUUGUCACAAACUAUCAAACCUCAAAUCAAAUAUAUCCUUUCGUGGAGGACUCACCAUCUGGCCUCCGACGGCACAUUUUUCAGCCGACAUUGGUACUUUAAUACAUCUUUCGUACCUCAAGGUCGGUUUGCGCAAUGGAUCCAACAGCUCAGCCAGGGGCCCAGGAGCAUCAUCAGAUGUUGUCCUAUGAUAGCAUGACGGGCCAGCAAGGGCCAGCGGAGAGCCACUGCCCAAUGCCACGGGCAUCCAACUGCCCUUUCCCCCACUUCGCCAUGAUCUAUAUAGACAACAAUGGCGAGCUUGGUGUGGAUGUCUCUACAUCUCUUGCGGGCUGUGAAAGGGCCAUUUUUACCGAAGAUCUCAAGCAGAGCUUUGUCAGAGCUGUGACCACCGAUUGGCAGCCAAACAUGCAGAAUUUUCCCUCCGCCGGCGCAAUUGGAGCAGCACAUGGCGAACUAGCCGAAAGGCAGUCCUUCAUGUUUAAUGCCGGACUGGAUCUACAAUCCAGCCCAGCGUGGUUCCAGCAUGGCCUACCAAGGCAUCCCAGGCUCAUCCCUUGCGAAUUCCAGACAUUGCAGAACAAGCGCCCUAGGAGGAAUAGGAAGCGCACAAGCUCGGAAAUGGGUGGUGAAUCGGAUUCAGAUUCGACUGACGGGGCAGCCAAACGGACACCAAUUCGAGUAGGACAAACCGACGUGCUGCGCCAGUUCUACGAAAAAGCAUUUGAAAAUCUUCAACAGCUCAACUGCAGGGUGAUUGCAAAGGCGUUUGUCAAGUUGGUAGAACCUCGGAAGCAAGUCAAUCACCCGUACAAUGGGCGCAGGACAGUGAUGGGAGGACCUUGCCAGAAGUUGGAUCCUGAAUUGACUAAGCCCAAAUGGUGGCCUACAGGCGUUCAACACAAGGAGCCAGAUCACCUCCUCAAGCAUGAGAGAAUUCGACUUCUUAUGCACAUUCUCUGCGAACUGCGAGAAAGCCAUGCCAUCACCGCGCAAAAGCUCAGAGAGGCUGGGCAGGAUGUGCACCGCCAAAUUGCACCGCCUCAGCGCCUGUUCAUCUUAGAUGAGAUUUAUGAUGUCCGGGAAAUCGAGGAACUCUAUUUGAGCGGAAAGAUCAGCGGUGAUACCAUUAUCUAUGUCUCGUCAAAGCAUCUGCCAGAGGGCGUUGAGCCGGUAGUAGUGAACAUGAGCGAAAAGCAAAUCGCUGAGGCGGAUUACUUGCCCUUGUCCCCAGUGUCAAUCAGCCGCAAAAGCUCAGUUGAGAGCGGACUAUCAUCUCUCUCAAAGGGUAUGGAUCCAUCCAUCAAUUCUAGUGAGCGAACGCAGGCGUUGAAUGCCCAUGCAGAGGUUCCUUCGACUGGCUCCAAUUCUUUGCCGGGUUUCUAUGCCCAGCAUUCGAUGAUGUGGAGCCAUGGAACCCCUGGGACGAAUGUGCCAUUUAAUAUGUCGUCAAACUGACUGGAACUUGCUAUAGGAAGGUCCGUUCCCGUGAAAUCUCGGCUGUAGCCUGAAUCUGAGCCCGUCUCUGACCUCAACAGCUUUUCCGUGCGACUCGCCUUAUCGCUGGCCGUCUUCUUGGUAUUCGCUUUUGGUCAUCUAUCG